GCUGUGUACCUGACCCUCUUCCAUCCGCUGGCCCGGUAUCCUGGCCCAUUGCUCGCUCGCUUCACCAACCUGUAUUCGGCGUAUCAUGCAUGGACGGGCGAUAUUCACGUCGAUAUCUAUCGAUGCCAUAAGAGAUACGGGGAUCGUGUGCGGUACGCGCCGAAUCGGCUGCUCAUCAACACGCCCGCGGCGGUUCAAGAUAUCUACAGCCAUCAUGCUCCGGUGAAGAAAUUCCAGAACUACAGAGUGCUGGCCCAGCAGGCUCCCAACACCCUGACGAUGCAAGACAAAACACAACAUAGCCGGAGACGACGGGUCCUGAGCCAGGCCUUUUCCGCCCGCAGUCUGGAAUCGUGGGAGCCCAAGAUAGUCGCUCAGCUCGAUCGGCUGUCGCAAGUGAUACGCAGCCACUUGGCUUCAAUGUCCUCUUCGGAAAAGCCAACCGAAUGGACGACAUCCUUGGAUAUGGCACGCACCUGCAAGUCUCUCCCUUCCUCGGUAUUUUACCCCGACUCAUUCAAUCAUCUGACCUUUGACACGAUGACCUCGGUGUCCUUCGACUCGCACUUUGACACCCUGCGAACGGCAGAGUAUCGGUACGUGAUGGAGGCCAUUGCUGCCUCGAACAUCCGCCUCAGUGUACUUCUGCAGGCUCAGGAAUUGGCAACAGCCAACCUCGACAGCUGGUUGUUCCCCGCGUCCAUUGCGGGUCGCACGCAGUUCGUUCGGUUCAUCCGAGGUCUGCUGGGAAGACGCCUUCGAGCGUCUGGCAUGAGCGGGGACCUCUUUGCCUUCCUCCAGCAGUGCAAGGACCCGGACACGGGCGAGGGUCUGAGCCUGACGGAACUCAGCACCGAGACUGCCACGUUCAUCAUCGCCGUAGGAUCGGAUACCACGUCGACAACCAUGGCGGCCGUGUGCCACUACGUGACGGGUUCCCCCCGCUGUUAUCAGCGGCUGGUAACCGAGGUGCGCUCGACCUUUGCCUCGGUGGCGGACAUCCGGCUGGGGCCGGCCCUCAACUCGUGUGUGUUUCUGCGAGCGUGUAUAGAUGAAGCGCUGCGCCUGUCGCCGCCGGGGGGUAGUUCUCUCUGGCGGGAGAUUGAACCGGGUGGAGCCUGGAUCGAUGGGCAGUGGCUCCCGGGAGGAUGUGAAGUCGGGGUGGGCAUCUACAGCAUCCACCACCGGGCGGCCGACUGGCCGGAUCCCUUUCACUUUGACCCCGACCGGUGGGUUGGGGAAUCCCCCGGACGGCCGUACAUGCCCUUUUCGAUGGGGGCUCGUAACUGCAUUGGCAAACCGCUGGCAUUGGCACAGGUGAUGCUCACCAUGGCCCGACUGUUCUGGGAAUUUGAUCUGCGUCGGGGAGAUGAGAAGGAUGCGGAGGAGGAGGAGAAGGAAGAGGAAGAAGAGGAAGAAGAGGAAGAGUAUGUGGUGGCCGAUCAUGUCACGGCGGGGGGUCACGGGCCCAUGCUGUGUUUCCGGCCCCGUGUGUGA